AUCCCCACAUCGCUCUCCAUCACUCCACGCCCUUUCCCAAUCUCACAGUCCACAUCACAAUGUGAAAAAUCCACUCCUGGGUUUUACACACUAGCUAAAAAUAGAGAUACCCAACUCAUUAGUUUUUUUAGUGCCCUAAAAUUGAGAGAUUGGGGUUUUCGUCUCUGUGAUUUGAUCGGAGAUGAAGGAUGACGAUGGCCUCCCGACGACGACGGCGGCCGGAAAAAAGGAGAGCUCCGAUUCGAGCCUACUACUCGGGAAAGGCAGGUACAAGUUCUGGGCAUUGGCGGCGAUUUUGCUGCUGGCUUUCUGGUCUAUGUUCACCGGCACCGUCACGCUCCGGUGGUCCGCCGGCAACCUUAACCGUUUCUCCGACGACAUGGAUUCCCCUAUUCACGACGAUCUCGACGUCCUCGAAAUGGAGGAGAGGGAGAAGGUGGUGGAGCACAUGUGGGAUGUGUACACUAAUAGCCGUCGGAUCAGAUUACCCAGAUUCUGGCAAGAGGCGUUUGAGGCUGCUUAUGAGGACUUGACCAGUGAUGUUCCUGGCGUGCGUGACUCUGCCAUUUCCGAGAUCGCCAAGAUGUCGGUGCGGUCAGUCGAUCUCGAUCCACCUCCGGUUCAGUCUGCUAGCGCACGAGAAUUCACAAAAGCACUGAAGCAUCCGGAUAAAGCUAGGGAACUCUUGACAUCAACGUAAGGUGCUCGAUGAUACAAAGACUAUUAAGACCCCCGGUUCAAGUCUGUCUCCUCCUUGCUGAAAUUACAACUGCUCAUGUGCUGCCCAGAGUUCGCGAGUGGUAGUUAUGUGUAGUCACACUCUGAUUCAUGUUUCCGUAGGGGAAAAAAAACUAAACAAUGUAUUGACUUAGGUUCUCAUGAUUGUUCCAGUUUUGGAUAUCACAAUCUUGCCAUGUUGGUAGCAAAAAAACUGAAACAACCUGUCAAGUAGGUGAGUGGUGCAGGAAUUUUGAUGUUGAUAU